AUGAAGCGACUGUCACGAGCCUUUAGUGGUACCCCCAAGCCCAUUCCGUCAAAGCAAGAUGAAGUACCUGCGCAACGUACCAAGAAAAUCGUGGAAGAGCGUUCCGUCGAUCAAGGGCGACCCCUGAGAGUGAUUGUUAUUGGUGCCGGUAUCUCUGGAAUCAUUGCUUGUAUCCGGUUUGUGCAAAGGAUUCCAAACCUUGACCUGUGCAUCUAUGACAAAAACGCGGACAUUGGAGGAACAUGGUUUGAGAAUCGCUACCCAGGAUGCGCAUGUGAUAUACCCGCCCACACCUACCAGGCCACCUUCGAGCCCAAUAAAGAAUGGUCUUCAUUCUAUGCCACCUCACCAGAGAUCCACCGAUACUGGAAGCGCAUUGUUGACAAAUAUGGAUGUAUGAAGUACAUCAAGUUAAAGCAGCGGGUGGAUGAGGCAACUUGGGAUGAUCAAAACUCAAAGUGGCACAUUCAGAUCCACGAUGUCGAUAGUGGUUCGACGUACCGAGAUCAAGCCAAUAUCCUGAUUCAAGCGACCGGUGCCCUCAACAAUUGGAAAUGGCCAAGUAUUGCCGGCCUCCACGAUUUCAAGGGCAAGUUGCUGCACAGUGCCUCUUGGGAUGAGGAUUAUGAUUACUCGAACCAACGCGUAGCUGUAAUUGGCAACGGAUCGAGUGGCAUCCAGAUUGUUCCCGGAAUGCUGCCCAAGGUGGCCCAUAUUGACCACUAUAUGCGUAGCCGGACUUGGGUGUCUCCAACAUUCGCUAGGGAGUAUAUUGAUAAGCGUGGUAAAGGAUUGGAAAACUAUAUCUUUACCCCAGAGGAGAUCGAGAUAUUCAAAAACGACCAUCAGGUGUACCAGAACUUCCGCAAAGAGGUGGAGCUUGAGUUACAGUCCGUUCAUGGGGCUACCCUUAUCGGGCAUCCAAAGCAAAUUGGAGCCCAUGAAGAAUUUAUCGAAAACAUGAAGCGGCGCUUGGCCAACAAGCCCGAGUUGGUAGAUGAGCUUCUUCCUUCGUUUCCCCCGCCUGCCGACGCCUCACCCCAGUGCGAUAUCGUCAAGGUCGACGCGACAGGUAUCCACACUGCGGAUGGUCAGCACCGAGAGGUUGAUGCGAUAGUCUGUGCUACUGGAUUUGACACAACCCAUACUCCACGGUUCACCAUCAAAGGACGAGAUGGACUUACUCUCGCAGAGCGAUGGAAGAAGACUCCAGAGACCUACAUCUCGGUCGCUACUGACGGAUUCCCCAACUACUUCAUCUGUUUGGGACCUAACGCUGGUUUGGGAGAAGGGAACCUCCUGGUCCUGAUCGAGAAAGAGCUGGACUACUUCACAGAAUGUGUGAGAAAGAUGCAGCGCGACAACAUUCGCGCUUUGGCUGUGAAGGGAGACGCUGUCCGACGCUUUACGCAGUACUGCGAUGAGUACUUCGCGGGCACAGUUUUCAGCAGCAAAUGCCGCAGCUGGUACAAAGGCGGGGCUGAAGAUGGGCGCAUCGUUGCCCUAUGGCCGGGGUCCUCCCUUCACGCGAUGAAAGUAUUCGCAAACCCCCGCUGGGAAGACUUUGACUAUCAGUAUGUCAACGAUAACCCGACCGGGUGGUUUGGCGACGGUUGGACCGAGAAUGAGAAGCUUGACAAGAUCAACGUGGACUAUUUAGACGAUGAUCAAAUUGAUUUCCCCCGGCCCGUCCACGCGUAG